AUGGGAUUUCUUGAAGACGACAAAGAAUACAUAGCUGCUAUAAAGGAGGCAAGUCAUUGGGGGACUGGUCAUUUUCUUCGAAAACUGUUUGUUAUCAUGCUUUUGUCUGGUGCUGUUAAUCGCCCUGCACAUGUUUGGGAACAAACUUGGCUCCUAUUAUCUGAUGGUGUCUUACAUACACAAAGAGCAUUGGCUGCUAAUCCAGAAUUGGACCUCACACAAGAAGAGUUACAAAAUUUGACUUUAAUAGAAAUUGAGAAACUGCUUCAGGCAAAUAGAAGGACACUAAAGGAUUUUAGUCCUAUUCCAUAUCCGGAUGCUUAUGUUCUUGAACAGUUGGGAAACAGGCUCAUAUAUGAUGAGCGUAAUUAUGAUACAGCAUCAAUGAACUCAGAAUUUGAAAAUCUGUUUGCUGCUCUUACAGGUAACUAUUGCGUCAAUUAA